CCCACCCCCCCAGUCAAAGCUGCGCGCGCAGGCACAUCACAUGAUACCGCUCCGGGGCGGGACGCUGUGUCUCCGGGAGAGGCGCGUUGCGUGACGGCUUCCUGCCAGCCAAUUGACGAUCGCAACGAAGGAUUUCAAAUGUGGCCGCGGUAGUUGUAGCCUGCUUGGCCGAGCGGGAGGCCGAACCAGCUCGCAGGGACUUGAGCGGCCAAGACAAAGAUGGUUAAGGAAAGGUGUCAGAAAAAGUCCUUUCAAGAUAGUCUUGAAGACAUUAAGAAGCGAAUGAAAGAGAAAAGGAAUAAAAACUUGGCAGAGAUCGGCAAACGCAAGUCCUUUAUUGUUGCACCAUGCCAAGUACCCACUAACACUUCUACACUGCUGAAAAAUUACCAAGAUAACAACAGGUUGUUGGUUUUGGCUUUGGAAAAUGAAAAAUCCAAAGUGAGAGAAGCCCAAGAUAUCAUCCUACAGCUGAGAAGAGAAUGUUACUACCUUGCAUGUCAGCUAUAUACUGUGAAACAGAAGCUAACUUCCCAACAAAGUGAAGAAACUGAUCAGAACCAGAAAGGAUGUCCCUCAGAAGUGAUCUCCAGUAGUGACAACACCAUCGGGAACUUGUCUGUGAAGACCUUACAGCAAAUUGCUCCUGAAGAAAAUGACUGGCUAUUCCAAACCAAAGAACCAAGUCCUACUGUUUCUCCAGACACACUGGAGAGUGAUUUUGAUUCAGGCAAAGUCGAGUCUACUGAUGAUGUCUUACCUAGAACUGUGUCUUUCCGUCGCCACUUGAAGAAAGAUUUUAGUAAUGUAAGUUGCUCCACUGCUUUGGAGGAUUGUGAAGCCAGUCAUUGGGUGGGACAGUCUUUGGAAGUUAGAAGAAGUGGGUGUAGAGACCCAACUGUAACUCUGCACAAACUUGAAAAUGUAGAACAAAAUGUUUGUCUGUGGAACAAGGACCAAAUUAACUUGUCCCCUAGACUGACAUGUCCAGAAAAGAAUGCUAAAACAACAGAAGUCACUUUACCAUCUAAACCUGAACAAAGGAAAAGUACGCAUAAAUGUGCACAAAAAAGAAGAGCCAACCAGAGAUGCAAAUCAAAACCCUCUUUGAGGUGUAAGGGCAACAAAAGCAAAAAUAAGCAGACUUUACACCCCACAAAAUUGAACGGGUCUAUUGGUUCCAGCGACACUUAUGAUUUUAAUCUUGAAGAGUGUGUUCACCUCUCCCCUUUCCGACAAAAAAUGAGCGAUGGUUGCAGUGGAGAAAUCAACAGCAGGGACUUGGAAGAGAGUGCUUUCGAACUGAGUGCCUCUGAGGAUGAGUCUGAUGACCUCUACCUGCCUCCUUACAAGCACUUGCAAGACCAUACCAGAAAGUCAGACAGAGUCACCAGGCCUUGGCCUAAAAGAGGACUCCAGUACAUGGAUGAAAAAGAUAGAGAGAAGAUGCCACCAACCAGAACUCCUACCAGUAUCCCACCCAAGAAUCAAGAGUCACCUGGUCAUAGCCUAAAGGAUGUCACCAAUAUCCUGCUGCACCCUGUAGGGAAAAUCAGGAAGCUUUCUCUGUCUCCAAAAAGGAAUGAAGACAGCCCAGCAGUGCCUCUGCCUAAGCGUAGGUGCACCACCAUCACAAACUAUAAAGAGCCGACCCUCGCUUCGAAACUAAGAAGAGGGGACCCUUUCACAGACCUGUGUUUCUUGAAUUCUCCUAUUUUCAAGCAGAAAAAGGAUAUAAGACAUCCUAAAAGAAGUAGAAGUACAAAGCAAACAAAGUAACUCCGUUUGUUGGAUGCUGUCGAAGAUGAUCCUUCUCUUUUGCCCAAUAGACUCUGUGAGACAGUGUGCAGUGGGAAGAACCAUCCCUUAUCAGGAUGUCCCACGGAUCUAUACUUUGUAAUUGUGUGAAUUGCUACCAACAUCUAAAAUUUCUCUGUCAUCUUUACUUUUUUCCUUAAACAGGGAAUUACAGAGUUGAAAAGAAGUAAAGAUGGGAUAUAAAUCUUUCAUAAAUCCUCGACAUCACAGUAAGACACACCAUAAGCUGCUGAGAACCCCUUAUUCUACUGUCAUACUGGUUCUUUGGGUAAAAUAUAUAUGGAAUCAUGAUUAAGAGAACUGAUGGUUUUGUUUCUAGGACAAGAUAACUGUUGUGAACUCUCUGUGUGACAUCAUUCUUCCAAAUCAACAUGUCAUGGACCUCAGGCUAACUUUUCAUGUUGUCAGAAGUCCACAAAGUAUAAAUGUGAAUAGUAAGAGUUUCCGGUUUUGAUCUGUAUAUAAAAUGUAAAUAGUCCAGUUCAGAAAGUUGAACUUCUAUGGGUGUGUAUAAAUUUCCUUAAACUUCAAUCACUGUAAGUGGUCCGUUUUUUAAGAACAAUGAAGUCUAGCCAUGCAUAUUGGUGACCAUUAUGUUUUCUUUCUGCUCUUUAACUGUCAGGUCAUCUUGAUUAUCUUCCUCUCUGGCCUUGCCACUCCCACCUUAGCUGUCUCCUCUUCUGUUGUCCCUGUCAACUUUUCCCUCCCUUCACAUUGGAUUUCUCUUAUUAAGUCUUCCUACCUGUAGCCUUUAGGCCCCAAAUCAAGACAUUUCAAUUUGGGGCUCAGCAGUAGAACACUUGCCUCACAUGGGCAAGGCCCAGGAAUAAAUCCCACUGCAAACAAUAGAUUUUUAAGAUUUCUCAGAAGGGCCUUCUAGUUCAUCUCAGACUUUACCCACAUCUCCAUGACUUCCUGCAUUUCCUUUCAGUCACAUUGGCAGCUCUUCUCUGUCACUCAUGUGCAUCCCUCUCUCCUAUCACAGAUUUAUUUUUCCAGCCACAGCAGUCUACAACCACUGUUUAUCUUUGUAAUAUCAUUGUACCUUGAGAGUGACAGUUUUAGCUAAGAAUAAGUACACGUAAAAGUCCAGUUUUAACUCAACGGCCCUCACGUGGAUGUGAUUUCUACAGUGCAGCAUACCCAGAGGUAGACUGUAUUCUGAUCAACACUGAGCAAGCUGGCAUGUAGACCCAUGUUUUAUACAAGCUAAGUUUAGUUUUUAUGUAUUUAAAAAGUUGAAAACAAAUAUUUGGAUUAAAUUUUGCUACUUGGCCUACAGAACCCAAGAUAUUUAUUUCCUGGCCCUUUUACGAAAAAAUUUUCCAUGGCCUGGUGUGAUGGUGCAUACCUGUAAUCUCAGUACUAUAGAGGCUGAGGCAAGAGGAUCCUGUUUUAGACCAGCUGUGCUACAUGAUCUCAAAAAGCCAAAAAAGAUAUUUUUCUACUUCCUUCUGUAGACAUCUGAAAGUUUACUUCAAAGAUUUUUGUGUCUUAUGUCAACCUUGAUCCACACUCCAUGCCUGUCACUAUUAUCUUUCCAAUUUCAGUAUGUGUGCUGCCAAAGCGAGCACCAGUCAUUUAUCUUUAAAAUGCUAUUAUACUUUCAGUCUUUCUCAUGUUUCUGUAUUCUUGGUGUAGUGUUUAUUCAUAGGCUGUUAAAGGUUUUGUGUCAACAUUUUUAUCUGAUAUGCACUGUAUUAUAUAUAUUAUAUAUUGCGAUUUAUAAUUGACUUAAGAGUUUGAGACUUACCAUGUUGGUAGAUAAAGGUUAUUUUAGUUGUACAACAUCUUAGAAAUAAACCAGACUUAAUGCCUCUUUUGAGAAAUAGUCAAUUGCCACUAUCUUGUUAUUUUAAAUAUUAUAGCUGCAAUUAAUAGUCUUUAGCUCUCGAGGGCCUUCUGUAAAGGCCAGGCCCCUCAUCAGGAUGUUUAAUGAUCCUCUAACACAUUAGCUUACACCCCAGCCUCACAUUAAUGUCUUACUUCUAAAUUCCUUGGUGUUCUAUUCCUUCUCCAAUAAUAGUCUUAAAAGCUGGCAUUCAACUGUCCUGUUUAUUACAGUGUAAAAGAUGUUAAGAGGAGCAAUUCUAGCUGGGUAUGGUGGUGCACACCUUUAAUCCCAGCACU